CGCUCCCACCGCUUCAGUCCUCGAGCAGCCAUGGCAGAGAUAAAGACAGGCGUUUUCGCCAAAAACGUCCAGAAGAGGAUUAGCCGUGCUCAGGAGAAGGUCUUGCAGAAGUUGGGGAAGGCUGAUGAGACAAAAGAUGAGGAGUUUGAUCAGUGUGUUCAGAACUUCAAGAGACAAGAGUCUGAGGGUGCAAGGCUACAGAGGGAGAUGAAGGCGUACAUAGCAGCUGUGAAAGGAAUGCAGCAGGCCUCUAUGAGCCUGACAGAAUCUCUUCACGAAGUGUACGAGCCUGAGUGGCACGGGAAGGACGAUGUGAUGUCUAUCGGAAAGAAUUGUGAUGAAUUAUGGGAAGACUUCCAUGAAAAGCUGGUUGACUCCACAAUCUUAGCACUGGACACAUAUUUGGCCCAGUUCCCUGAUCUCAAGGUGCGUGUAGCGAAGCGGAGCAGAAAGUUAAUCGACUAUGACAGUGCAAGGCACCAUUUCGAGACCCUGCAGACUUCCGCUGUUAAGAGUGAAAGAAAGGUUGCUAAGGCAGAAGAAGACUUGAAAAAGGCACAGAAGGUGUUUGAUGAUCUGAAUGUGGAUCUGCAGGAUGAGCUGCCCAAUCUGUGGGAUAGCCGAGUGGGCUUUUAUGUGAACACCUUCAAGAGUGUCAGCAGCCUGGAAGCCAAAUUUCACAGGGAAAUCUCAAUUUUCUGUCACAAGCUUUAUGAGGUAAUGAACAAGCUUGCAGAGCAACAUUCAGAUAAAAUGUUCACCAUCCAAGGAGCACCCAGUGAUUCAGGCCCACUGCGCUUGGCUAGGACCCCAACACCUCCCGAGGAUGAGAGUCCAGAAGUCAGCCCUGCUGCCAGCCCCAACCACACACUGAGACCUACUUCACCUGGCCCUCCUCGACCCAAAUCCCCCUCACAGCUCAAGAUGGGACCACCAAAGCCUCCUCCUCCCAAAGUCACUCCAAGCAAGGAGAUUGCCCAAGAGCAAAUCAUCAACCUGUUCGAUGGAGGCUUUCCUGAGAUUAGUGUCACCUCACCACAGGCAAAUGAGAAAACCACAGAAUCUCUCCUGGACUUGGACUUUGACCCAUUCAAGCCAGACAGCAAUACAUCUGUUGGUCAAGCCCAACCACCUGCAUCUCAGGCACUAUCGUGGGAUCUUUGGACGACAAAUACUGAUGCCCAGCCUGCUUCAGAUGCUGGCUUCAAUGCCAACUGGACAGCAGAUUUUGGUUCUGUAACUCAAGAUUUGGGAGAUGUUAAACCUGCGACUGAUGGGCAAGGUUGGCCUCCAGCAGAUGGAUGGAGCACAGAUGCAGUGCUCCAAGGAGAAGCCACAGCUGAGGCGGAUGCCUCAGUUGCACCUUUUGUGGCGGACUUUGAUAAAAUGUCUGAGACCCCAGAAGGGGCUGAAACUGGUACAGAAGCAGCCCCAGGUGAAGUGGGAGAGGGGGAGGGGGAGGUGUCACCAACCCAGGCCCCAGAGGUUGAGGGUAGUGUCACGACUCCUUCUGCAGAAACCACUACUGAACUGGCAGAAACCACUACUGAACUGGCAGAAACCACUACUGAACUGGCAGAAACCACUGCUGCUAGCAGCCCACCUGCAGAGACUGCUUCUAGCAUAGUGGAGUCUCCUGAAGCUGCCGAAGCUAUGGUAGCAGAGCAGCCUGAGACCACCCCAGCUGAUGACACUGAGAAAGACCAACUCGGCCAAGAGGCUCCGGAAUCUGCUCCAGUAGCAGAGUCAGUAGAGGAGCCAUCUUCAGAGGCUCUGGCCCCUGCAGAAGAUAAAGAGUCUCCUAUCGAAGAGACUCCGACCGUAGAGGGCAUACCACAAGAUGAAACGUGUACAGUAGAGACCAAACCUGGAGAUGAAACCGGUACCCUAGAGGUCAAACCAGAAGAAGAAACUGGUACCCUAGAGGUCGAACCGGAAGGAGAAACUGGUACCUUAGAGGUCAAGCCAGACGAAGAACCUGGUACCCUAGAGGUCGAACCAGAAGGAGAAACUGGUACAGUACAGGUCAAACCAGGGGAUGAAGCCAGUAAGGAAGGGGCUUCAAAGAAUUUUGAAGAGGAGGACAAGAUGCCCAUUCCCUCUGUGGUUAUUGAGCCUGCUUCCAGCAAUGAGGGUGAUGAUGACCGAGAUGGUGACAUCUUAUCUCCAACAGCAAGCAGUGGAGGUGGAGUGACACCAGACAGCCAGUCAGGCAAAGAUAUUUCCUCCUCUGGCAUGCCUGCAGGCUUCCUGUAUAAGGUUGAAACGAUGCAUGACUUUGAGGCUGCAAACACAGAUGAGCUCGAUCUGAAGAAGGGAGAUAUUGUUCUUGUUGUUCCCACUGAGCUGGUGGAAGAUCAGGAUGCUGGCUGGCUCACUGGCAUCAGGGAGAUCGACUGGCUACAUCAGGGUGCCUCUGCUCAGAAAGGAUUAUUUCCAGAGAAUUUCAUACAGCGACUGGGCUAAACCAUCAGAGUUUACUAGGACAUGAUAUAUAAAAGCCAAGAGCUACAGACAGCCCUAACACCUAACACUACAGUGCGGUCUGGAGCCCUGACUGACAGCUGUCGAUCAGAGAGAACAAAGCAAAUAGUAUCUAAGAGGAAAAUACACAAUCAACAGAAUGAGAGGACACAAAAACUCUACUCAGAGUUUAAAGAAAAUAACAGAGCAUGAUGCGAUAGUAUGGUCUACCUUACUCUUGACCCGAGAGCUCUCUGUUUAUGUUUGUUUACUUGUAAGCAGCAAUGAAUUGAUGUGUGCUUUAUUUGGAACUGUGGUGACCUCCACAUGUAAUCCCUAUCUGUUUAAAAGGAAAUUAUGCUCUAAAGACAAAAAAAUAUUUUCUCUGCAAGUGUAUCGUAUUGAGUUUGUUGCUCCGCAGCAAAUUUUAUCCAAAUUUGUAGUGAUAUGAUCUAUUUAACCAUUCUAAGUGUUACACAAGACUUCAAUGUUUCCUUUAAGGCCGUUCCAACCUAAAUGUUACCUUGCAUCCUUGUUAGUGUUCUCUGUAGUUUUAAUGGCUGGACUUAUAUGGCUCUGGUGAUAAUUUAUGGAGAAACCAAUAUCAACAUUUUGUGAUUUUAGUAUUAUAAGUCUCUACCUGGGUGUAGACACAAUUCCAGUUAGAACUUUGUAAUUCUAAGGGCGCAAUUUGUUUAUUCAACACCUGUUGUGCUCUCGCCAAUAAUAAUAAUAAUAAUAAUAAUAAUAAUAAAAUCCUAAAUAUGUGAACUGAUUGAAAAAGAUACAUGCAUAUGUGAAAUUAUUUAAAAACCAUUUUUUGGGCAAAAUGCAGAUUUGCUAAUUAGAUAACACAGAAUCUAGUGGUUAAAGUUUUCUUAUAUCCACAUUACAAAAACCUGUAGACAUGUCUGGAAAAAAAGUGUUGAAUAAAGUUUUAUGUUUUGAAAAAUGCUAUUUAUUUAACUUUAUAUUUUUAAAAGUGAAGCUCAUUGAGAGAGUUUUUGGGCUGGGAUAUCUGCGAAAAAUAUGCAAUAUGUGUUGUUAGGUUUAAAAGAUAUCCAUUGUCUUGAUUGUUUAGAGGUAACGGUCACACCUGUGUUUGUUAGCAUUCAUUGUAGAGAUUUUUGUGAUGUACAUAUCUGUGUUAAUUUAUCUUUAAAGUAAAUAAAGAGUUCUCCAUGUG